UUUAAUCCCUUCUAUGCAAAAUAAACAAAUUAAUAACAAUAUUAAAAUGGAUGCUAAUAUGGCAACAAUAUUUUUUAUUUUUGGUACUGCAAUAGCUUUGGCUAUUUUUCUCUUAUUUUUGUGUAUGUUGAGAAGUCGUUGCCCUCUCUUCAAAACAUUUUUACUAUUUCAUUCUAAUUUUAAACAACAAAAAAGAAGACCAAAAUUUUCAGAAAAUGGGAAAAUAGUGAACGGACAGGAAAGAGUGUCGCUUGUUCCAAAGACUGCUGCAGAAAAUAGCAGUAUUUUACUUCCCCCAAUAACUAUAGGGGAAGAAUUAUUUUCUAAUGGAGUAGAAUUAAAUAAACAACAACAAUUAAAUAAUAAUUUAUUAAAUAAAAAUAAAUUAAUAAAAAAUAAUAUUUGUGAAGAAACAACCUCAACAACAUUAAUUAGUGUUUUAGAAUUUGAUGAUUAUUUUGAAAAAAUGUCGAAUAAUGAAAAUGCUGGAUUUAAAAAAUUAUUUAAUGAAAUUGAGUCUGAAACAAGAACAACAACAAAUUUAUUAUUAAUUAAUAAUUGUGAUAAUGAAAAAAAUAAAAAUAGGUAG